CUCUACCACAACCUGCUUAAUGAUUCCCCCUCCAUCCACAGCGGGGCAAAGGCUGCGGCUGUAACGCGACAGCAACCAGCUGGAGCCACACGGAGCGGCAGCGCACAGGCGAACUCCUCAUUCCACCAGGCUGUGAUGCGCACGGGUGACGCCGCGCUCCUCUAGUUCGCACACAGACAGGCGAAGACUUGGCGUGGGAUCGGACUCUGCUGCGCCUCAUCUGGAAGAACAGCGUCGGGGAAAAUCCCGCAAAAACCACGACUCUCUCCGUGCCGUGUGCGAGUGAGAGAGAGUGUAUGCGUGUGUGUUUGUGUGUGUGUGUGUGCGCGCUCGGGAUUUUUUUCUUUUUCUUUUUUUAAUUUUUUUUUAUAGGCGAUCGUUGUUGAGAAUAAUCCGUUUUUUAGGUGAACGUUUCCAUCGGAGGAAGAGAGGAGGGUUUUCUGGACUUUGCAGUGGAGACGAGCUGCUCAAUUCCGACAGAUAACCAGCAGAUAUAGGCUUUAAUCAGGAAUCAUGGGAAAGCAAAACAGCAAGCUGACUCCUGAGGUGAUGGAGGAUCUGGUGAAGAACACAGAGUUUAAUGAACAUGAGCUGAAACAGUGGUACAAAGGCUUCCUGAAAGACUGCCCCAGCGGCCGGCUGAAUCUGGAGGAGUUCCAGCAGCUCUACGUCAAGUUCUUUCCAUACGGCGACGCGUCAAAAUUUGCACAACACGCCUUCAGGACCUUUGACAAAAACGGAGACGGCACCAUUGAUUUCCGAGAGUUCAUCUGCGCCCUGUCCAUCACCUCCCGCGGCAGCUUCGAGCAGAAACUCAACUGGGCCUUCAACAUGUACGACCUGGACGGCGACGGCAAAAUCACCAGAGUGGAGAUGCUGGAGAUAAUCGAGGCGAUCUACAAAAUGGUGGGCACCGUGAUCAUGAUGAAGAUGAACGAGGACGGCCUGACACCGGAGCAGAGGGUAGACAAGAUCUUCAGCAAAAUGGAUAAGAACAACGACGACCAGAUCUCGCUGGAGGAGUUCAAGGAGGCGGCGAAGAGCGACCCGUCCAUCGUUCUCCUGCUGCAGUGUGACAUGCAGAAGUGAAGCUGCAUCCCUCACCCCACCUAACCCUCCACCCCCCCACUCCCACACCCUCUUCCUGCUUGCGCCUCUUACUCUCUGACUCCCCCACACCCAGUCUGUAUCCACACACUCUGGACAGCCGCACACGUUUCAAUGUCUCAUUAGGUUCUCUGCCAUUUCCACAGGGGGAAGAAAAAAAAGAAAGAAAAAAA